AUGAACGAGCACAGGUCACGGGACUACGACUACCUGUAUAAGAUAAUUCUCAUUGGAGACAGUGGGGUGGGGAAGUCAUGUAUCCUGUUACGCUUUUCAGAUGACCACUUCACAGAAAGCUACAUAACCACGAUCGGAGUGGACUUCCGUUUUAGGAGAAUAAAAGUGGGAGAUAAAAUGGUAAAGCUACAAAUAUGGGACACAGCGGGACAGGAGCGUUUCAGGACCAUCACGUCAGCUUAUUAUAGAGGAGCCGAUGGAAUAAUAAUAAUUUACGACACGACCGAUAGGAACUCCUUCCUUCACAUAAAGGAAUGGAUAAACGAAAUAAACAAAUACACAACUGAGGAGACGUGCAAACUGCUCGUUGGAAAUAAGUCAGACUGCAAAGACGAAAUGGAGAUCACCACCACGGAAGGAGAAAACAAAGCGAAGGAGUUAGGUAUUCCUUUUAUAGAAACGUCUGCCAAAGACGCUACGAAUGUUGAGUUGGCUUUUACGAUGAUAACUGAGGAGCUGAUUAAAAAGAAAAAGAAGAAGAACGUCUCCUCACUGGGGGUGCAGCAAUCCAAGGUGAAGUUGUCUGGCGAGGACCACAGCCCGGGCGCGCUCUGCUCCUGUUGA